CGUCUCGGACCUCCGCGUCUCGCUUCCGGCCUCCGCGCCUCGCUUCCGGCCAGCCGCUCUAUUCUUCCGCUUCUCUAUGGUGUACAGGAAGAAGUCUGUCUGCCGCCGGAAGCGGCUCGCUGCCACCGCGGGUUCGGGACUCCGAGCUGUGUUCAGCAUUAUUUCAGAUCGCCCAUGUACCAUCUAAAGCCCCACGCCUAGGUCAUCUUCAUCACCUUCCCCAGUAGAGUGCCUCCUGUGUCAAUGUCCACAGCAACCCCUGAGGUCUUUGCUGUUUCCUUCUGACCUCACCAAACAACCAUGUCAUCAGAAUCGAGCAAAAAACGGAAGCCCAAAGUGAUCCGAAGUGAUGGAGCUCCAGCUGAGGGGAAGCGUAACCGAUCUGACACAGAGCAGGAGGGUAAAUACUACAGUGAGGAGGCUGAAGUGGACCUGCGGGACCCUGGCAGAGACUAUGAGCUGUACAAGUACACGUGCCAGGAGUUGCAGAGGCUCAUGGCUGAGAUCCAGGACCUGAAGAGCAGAGGAGGCAAGGAUGUGGCAGUUGAGAUUGAAGAUCGGAGGAUCCAGAGCUGUGUGCACUUCAUGACUCUAAAGAAGCUUAAUCGAUUAGCCCACAUCAGGUUGAAGAAAGGAAGAGAUCAGACACAUGAGGCCAAGCAGAAAGUAGACGCCUAUCACCUGCAGCUCCAGAACCUGCUGUAUGAGGUGAUGCACCUGCAGAAAGAGAUCACCAAAUGUCUGGAGUUUAAGUCAAAGCAUGAAGAAAUUGAUCUGGUCAGUUUAGAGGAGUUUUAUAAGGAGGCUCCUCCAGAUAUUAGCAAGGCUGAAGUCACGAUGGGAGACCCUCACCAGCAAACCCUUGCACGUCUGGACUGGGAGCUGGAACAGCGGAAAAGACUGGCGGAGAAGUACCGAGAGUGCCUGUCCAACAAGGAGAAGAUCCUCAAGGAGAUUGAAGUGAAGAAGGAAUACCUGAGCAGUCUCCAGCCUCGCCUCAAUAGCAUAAUGCAGGCUUCCCUCCCAGUGCAAGAGUACCUGUUCAUGCCGUUCGACCAGGCUCACAAGCAGUAUGAGACAGCUAGACACCUGCCACCUCCCCUCUAUGUCCUCUUUGUCCAAGCCACUGCAUAUGGGCAGGCCUGUGCUCAUAUGAAAUCCUCCCAGCCCCCUAGACAGGAUAAGACGUUGUCUGUGGCAAUUGAAGGCAGUGUGGAUGAAGCCAAGGCUUUAUUUAAGCCUCCUGAAGACUCCCAAGAUGAUGAGAGCGACUCGGAUGCUGAGGAGGAGCAGACUACGAAACGCCGGCGACCCACACUGGGAGUUCAGUUGGAUGACAAACGCAAGGAGAUGCUGAAGAGGCACCCGCUAUCAGUCAUGCUGGACCUGAAAUGCAAAGAUGACAGUGUACUUCACUUGACUUUCUACUACCUCAUGAACCUCAACAUCAUGACAGUAAAAGCCAAAGUGACGACCGCCACGGAGCUGAUCACCCCCAUCAGUGCAGGUGACUUGCUAUCUCCUGACUCAGUCCUGAGCUGUUUGUAUCCGGGGGAUCACGGAAAAAAAACUCCAAAUCCAGCCAAUCAGUAUCAGUUUGAUAAAGUUGGCAUCCUGACUUUGAGAGACUAUGUACUUGACCUAGGUCACCCCUAUUUGUGGGUACAGAAGUUGGGUGGCCUCCACUUCCCCAAAGAGCAGCCCCAGCACACAGUGAUUGCUGACCACUCGCUGAGUGCCAGCCACAUGGAGACAACCAUGAAACUGCUGAAGACCAGGGUACAGUCCCGCCUGGCCCUCCACAAACAGUUUGCAUCCCUGGAACAUGGCAUUGUACCAGUUACCAGUGAUUGCCAGUACCUAUUCCCUGCAAAGGUGGUCUCCCGCCUGGUGAAGUGGGUGACAAUUGCCCAUGAGGAUUACAUGGAGCUGCAUUUCACCAAGGACAUUGUAGAGGCGGGACUGGCUGAGGACACUAAUCUCUACUACAUGGCACUUGUGGAAAGAGGCACAGCCAAACUCCAGGCUGCUGUGGUGCUGAACCCUGGCUACUCCUCCAUCCCACCCAUUUUCCAGCUCUGUCUGAAUUGGAAAGGGGAGAAAACCAAUAGCAAUGAUGACAACAUUCGGGCCAUGGAGAGUGAGGUCAACGUGUGCUAUAAGGAGCUGUGCGGACCCCGGCCCAGCCAUCAGCUCUUGACCAACCAGCUGCAGCGCCUGUGUGUGCUGCUGGAUGUCUACCUGGAGACUGAGAGCCACGAUGACAGUGUGGAGGGGCCCAAGGAAUUUCCCCAGGAGAAGAUGUGUCUGCGGCUUUUCAGGGGUCCCAGCAGGAUGAAGCCAUUUAAAUAUAACCAUCCUCAAGGAUUCUUCAGCCAUCGCUGACCUCCCACUUCGCCUGUUGUUGCUCCUUAUGCCUGAAGUGCUGUGCCUCUACUUUCUGCUUUGGCCCACAUGGGGCUCUUGAUAUUCUCCAAAGACAGUUUUUUUUAUUUCUAGUCUAUUAAAGUGUCACUUGACCAAGUG